CUUAGCUUAUUUUUAAAAAAAUCAGCUACCAUCGCAUCAUCGGCUUCUACUGUUCUAGUACAAGCAAUGUGCUUGAAUAGGUUAAUUACAUUUCUAUAGGUUCGCAUGGCUACUUUUGAAAUGUUUACUGUGGAAAGCCCUGUCCAACUGCAACUACACAAAAAACUUUUCUCGAAAAUAAAGUCCAAAGCUUGCAACAUUCUAUUAUUUGACAAGGUUUCAGUUACAGCAUUGCCCAACCAAUCCUGAAUUUUUAUGCGGUAAGAUUCCUCGAGAAGAUCCCUGUUGAAAUUUACAAGCUGUUCUUCGGACGAGAUUUUGACAAAAUUUAUCGAUAAAACUGUUCUACGGGUGGUUUCCGAUGGCCGUAUGUUAUUGGUUAAUAAGUUGACUUGAGUUGUUAAAAGCCUUACAUCCUCCCUUAAACUGCUAAUUUCACUUAUCAUUAUGUUAAACAUUUGCCGAAUAGCUUCGAUGUUGCCGUUUUGUUCUAGAUUGAAUUCCAUUUUGUCACGCUUUUACGCCUUUUCUGUGUCUGUGUUCUCUAUUCGUUACAGGAAAGGCACCAUCUGGCACAACACCGUACCACGAUCAACACUCAGAUCUGCACGGGAAUUAUAAAAAGUAAGUACAGUACAGUUAUAUGAAUCCCUAUCAAGCUACACAUACCUUUCCACAAGUGUAAAUAGUCCAAACUCCCCAGCACGCCUAAGAACGCGGGCACAUGCAAGAUGGCUACCUCAUAGCACAGACAAACAAUGGCAAAUGAAACGCAGCAAGGGGCAGAGGCGAGUUGAUAAAAUAGGAACGUUCCGCAAUCUGGAACGUUCCAGAUUUUUUUCAGCUGCCGCUACGUACCACGAACUUUUUUCACCGGGUGUUUAAUUUUCGAUUUGACAUUUACUGUCUAAUAAUUACUUCCAUUCGUACACCUUAUAGAUGCCUAUUAGACAGACAGUCUUUGUCUAUUGGGCUUUCUAUUAGACAUCUAAUAAUGAUUUUGGCUGGUAGGGGGAGGACGACAGUGUGUCACACACACUGUCGCACACACUAAGCAGCGCAAGGCUGAGCGCACAAUCAGAGUGUGUUUGCGAGCCGAUCGAGCAGGAGCUCUCGGCAGGGGCGCUCGGUGCGGCUGGCGCGCGGCCACCGUACCUUUAUAUUUUAAAGUGUAUUGUUUGUGUCAUUUAUGUUCUAUUUAUUGUUGUACGUUUAUAAGUGUGAUGAAUAAAAAGUAAAAGGUAUCAAACAUAACAAUUUAUGGAUCAAAAGGUCAAACCUACCCAAGUGCCACAAAUCCACUAAACGACCACUAAACGGCUUCUAAACGACUCAAGCACUCUACCUAAACGGAAUAUAGAAAGACUUCGUUUAGCAGACGGCAAACGACUCAUGCAUUCUAAAAAUAGCAAAAAAGCUGGUGGCGCCAUCUGUUUGUGGGAUACCCAACCAGUUGAGCUUCCUCGCUUGGAGGAGAGCUUUCUCAUUUCCUCUGUACUGUUGUAUGGUUUUGCAUUGAAGUUAUGCAUCGCUAGAACUAGAACGGCGAUACGAUUGUUUAAAUACUAAACUCCAAUGUAAACCACCAGCACUGAAGCAAGUGAGAUUUGAGUAAUGGUCGUUGGUGUUGAUACCCACGUAUCUGACUACACGACCAUUUAUAUAGAUUUUUGCUCGGAAAGUCAGAAGGCUAUAUAGGUCAUGAUAAGGCACUCGUCUAAUCUUGUUGCGCGCAACAUUGUUGCUGGCAAAAUGUAUGGAUUUUGACAGCUAGCGCAACUUUGUUGCCGGCCAAAAUCAAACCAAUUUGAUUUUUGUCUGGCAACAUUUUCUAUUUACCUUGGCCAUGGUAAUCGGAUGUAUGAAAUGACACAGCAGCAGUGUGCGUUUUGUUGACAUCCGCUAAAUUUGGAUUUUAAGCAUUUAUAAUACAUUUUUUGGUGUAUAUUUUGUUUUUUCAACACUUCAUUCAACAAGUGAAUGAUAAAAAAUAAACUCUGAGCUGUUAAUUGGCAAUUUUUUUACGCUAAACAAUGUCAAAGCGAAAUGUUGCCAGCAACAUUCAUAGACCACCUCAGCGAUAUGUUGCCGAGCAACAAUGUUGCGCGCAACAAGAUUAGACCGCUGCCUAAGAUGAAACUUGUCGAAACACAUUGCAAGAAAAGGAUAGCAAUAUAAUAAUCAGUUUUAAUACGCCAUCUAUUGAUCAAACCAAUGAAGCUGUGGAGCUUUCAUUUUUUUCUAUGGAUAUUCAAUUUUCCAGUCUUUUAAGCUUAAUCUGUGGCGCUUGGGUACGCAGACAUACGCCAAACUACUAUCACGCAUUGAUGCCGAAACUGCAGAUGCACCCAUUACACUGCAGAAUUUGGUUGACGAUUACCAAAGACUCGUCAAUUUGAAAGCGGAUAUCUCCAUCAUUGAGCAACAGCCAAGCUCAUUCACAACGGUAAACGCUCUGCACAAAAAGACGAGACAUCACCAUCACGAACAGUAUCGCCAGCGGUAUCAAGAGUCAAGACCAUCAGAUCAACCUCGCAGACCAUAUUGGCAGUGCGGUCAAAUGCACUAUGUUCGAGAUUGCCAAUACUCGACACACCAAUGUAAAAAAUACAAUCGUAUUGGAUACACAAAGAAGGAUACUGCGAAUGUUUCCCGAAAUAAGAAUCCGCCGAGGAGGAGAAGAUAUAUAGAUACGAAGAUAUCAACACAACAACCAUCAAGUGAACAAAAAAAAUUUCAGAGGCAUUCCAGAGGUGUCUAUAUUGUGAAUCACAUUACUCAACACUCAAAAAGCAACCGAAAAUGUAUUCCUACAACUAUCAACGGCAUUACAGUAAAACUACAGCUCGACACAGCUAGUGAUAUAACGGUGAUUUCGCAGCAAACAUAGAAAAAGUUGGGUACACCGAACAUCCAUCCAGCGACGAUCCAAGCUAUAACUGCAUCUGGAAAACAACUCCAUCUAGCAGGCGAAUUUCAGUGCAACGUCAACAUGAAUAGCAAAAACCACAACGGCAGAUGUUUUGUCACUACAACAGGUAACUUAAACCUACUAGGGAUCGAAUGGAUUGAACUCUUCAAGUUAUGGUCCGUUCCAAUCGACUCAAUUUGUGAUCAACCGAAAAGGCCGAAAGAAGAAUUCAUGAUAGCCGCACUCAGCAUAGAACAGAAUAUUUCGAACUUAGUAGAGAAUCUGUCCGAUACCAUAAAGAAGGUUUCAAAUAUUGAAGAUACACUAAAUACCUUCCUUCAAGAAUUUCGAAACACACAGUCGAACGUAUUUCGAACCACCAAUCUGGACGGAAAAGUUACUGUUGGGAGCCACCCUGUACAAGCCUUGACAGAGUUCGUCAUGCGCCCGAUGUUAGGCGACCGUAUGCGUGAAAGCACGAUCGACGCUGUUCGGGAUAGAGAGAUCGUUCUCUUCUCUCCCGACCGGCUAAGGCAAAGGACGUAUCGUUUGGUCCGUGUGUAAAAUAUUACAUUAUAUUAAUAAAAGUUAUUGUUGUAGAUCGAAGAUAAAAAAGUGGCGACGAGAAUAAUUCUGGCGAGCUGUUACCCGUGAUUUUAUCGAUUUCGAUUUCUAUUUUACCCGUUUUCUGUGUAAACGGAGGAUCCGUGUCUUUGACCUGAUGGAACGAAAUGGUGAACCAUCGCCAUCGCGGAGCAGCCAUGACCCAAGCCAGCGAACCGUCAUCAAUUUACCGUUGGACACGAAUGCCUUCAUCCAAGACAUAUUUAAGCAGCAGCAGGAAAUUCUUCAUCAGCAACAACAGUCCUUUUUGCAACAGCAGGAGCAGCUAAUUACUAAAGUUCUAGCUUCAAUUGGAUCGCGACAACCUGUGGGAAAUGAACACAUUAUUGAUGCCCUAGCAAAACACAUACAAGAGUUCCACUAUGAUCCGGAGGAUGCUGUUACAUUCAGUGCUUGGUUUGUGCGAUACGAAGAUCUCUUCGAAAGGGAUGCGGAACGUCUGGACGAUGCCGCGCGAGUGCGUCUUUUGUUGCGGAAGCUGGGUGCAGCAGAACACGAGCGAUAUGUAAGUCACAUUCUUCCAGCUAAACUAAAUGAUUUCGAUUUUAGAUCGACGACUGGCAAGCUGAGAAAAUUAUUCCCCAACCAACCAAACCGUGCUCUUUCGAAGUAAAUUUGCUUCGAUAUACCUUCGAUAGAAGUUCUCUACCGAAGGUGUAUCAACUUUGAUAGGCAGUUCCUACCGAAGUUAGGCUCGGGUGUUUAGCCAAAAUGCUACAAAAGAGAAAGAAAAAAAUCUCUCGUAUGCUGCCGCUUUCUCGCUCACUCGCGCGCCCUGCCCCCUUUUAUUUACGUACGUGUUUAUAGCCCCUCCUCCUCCUCCUCCUCCUCUCAUCUAUCUUCCUACCUUAUGUGCAGUGGUUAUGUGUUUUUAAUUGAAAUUGGAAGGAGAGAUAUUCGAUUUAUUUAUUACGUGCGAUUUAAUCAGAGAAUUGAAACAUGGUAGCAGGUGAAUCUACUGUUCAUCACAAGCGGGCCUAACACUUUAACUAUUUGUGAAUUCGCGCGUGAGGACGUAAAAGGCGCAAUAAUAAUGGAGCGGUUCUAACGUAAACAGACCAAAUCGCUCAGCUGAAAAUUUCAUAGAGCGGAAUAGCAUUUCAUUGUAAUAGCAUUGCUAGUAUAUCAUCCGCGCACCCUAUGAACCGUACUUUUCCAAAUAUCUUAAAAAGUACGCAUUGUAUGAAAAAACCGUCUUUACAAGAUCGAUUCAGAAUUUCAAAACACAUUUGGAAAAAGUUUUUUGCUAAAAGUGACUUUUGAAAUUUUACUCAGAUUAAUGUUUAUUCCUUUAAAUUAAUUCAUAAAUGGGGUAAGGGAAAUAAUUUAUACUAAUACUAAUAGACCAAGACUCCAUUGCCUGAAAUAUUUAGUGCCUCAAAGUAGUAUAUCCUCUUUGCCAAGCGUUUGAGUUAAACUGAUUCUUCGCAAAAUGUGAAGAGAGCGUUCGGCCCCCCUUCAGAUGCUUCGACAGAGUGAAGCUCCUCCCCUUCCUCCAUUCGUCAUCCAUCAAUUUUUCUCCGCGCACUCACACAUCUACACGCACAUCUGUUCGCAUGGCAACACGUGAGAUGCGUGACAUGCUUUCUCGCUCAUCACGAAGGAUUUGCUUCGAAAGAGCUCGGUUUGGUUGGUUGGGUCGGUUCUCCUGAAUCCGUCAUCGCCAAACGGUACCGAUGCUUGCAGAUGUGUAAAUUGCAGGAAGAAGACUACAUGACUUACUCGUGCCACGUGAACAAGGCUGUUAUAGAAUCCGAGCUGGGAAAGUUAUCUGAAGAGGAACUAAAAUGUCUAAUUUUUGUAUGUGGUCUGAAAGACGACAGUUAUUCAGAGAUUCGCAUAAGGCUCCUAAACCGACUAGAGGAGAAAAGCGAUAAAACGGUAACGGAUAUGGCAGAAGAGUGUACUGCGAGUCAGCUUUGAGAUGGGCCAAUAGAAUGAAGCGAUACGUGAAAUAGGUGAUCGUGAAUAGGGUGAAUAGUGCUAGCCGUGGCCGUGUAAAUUUAUUUUUGAAUAACACCCAAAUCCCGAUGAUGGUAGAUACCGGAGCCGAUAUAAGCAUAAUCGUUUGACGUUUGACGUUUGACGUUUAAUUGUUCGGCCGCAUUUCCGUCGCGCUCCGUGAUUUUUCAAUAAUUCUCUUGUGUUUUCUGCGUCGCAUCGCAUUGUUGCCUUUUCUACGGACUAUUAAACUGUUUAACAUCAUCGCUUCGUCUUGGCGAAUUGUUUAGUUGCAUCACAACUGUGGUUUCCUGCUGUUUUUUCCUGCUCGGCUUAGCAGUGUUGUGCUGUGAUUACGCGUGAUUUCGCGAUGGCGGCUAUUUGCUUCUCGUGUGCUGAACCGCUAGAGGCCACCGGCUGCAUCAUCAGUUGUGCAUAUUGUGACGCUACGUUCCACCGCGGCUGUUGCAAAUUGCCCCCCGAGCUGAUUGACGCAGUAUUGUCCAAUGUCGACCUGCACUGGAGCUGCAUUGGCUGCACUAACAUGCUUAAAAAUCCGCGCUGCCGUUCGGUAAAAGAAAUAGGCGCCCAGGUCGGUUUCCAAGCCGCCCUCAACUCAGCUGUAGCAGCUAUUGGCAAGCUCGUUGAGCCUAUUGUCGCCGAAGUUCGCAGUGGUUUUACCCUCCUUCAAACUGCAUCCACGCCUCACAAUCGGAACUCUGAUCCUCGACCAGCUACUGGUAGAAAGCGGAGGCGUAUAAUCGAGGAUUCGGCAUCUCCUGCUGUAAACAAAAUUGUAAACAGUCGCGGCAACAUCCUUUGUGCAGCGUCAUCGCCAAAAGCAUACACCAACACCACGAUUGCCGUCCAGCCGGCACCUACACAACCGCAUGAACUGGCGGGAACCGAUCCGUUAUCAUCACCGCUUCAAGCUGCACCUCGUGAGCCAUUCACAGAUAGGAUCUGGAUCCGCCUAUCCCGCUUAUCAACGGCCGUCACUGUGGAACAAGUGGUCGCUUCUGUAAAGCGUCGCUUAGCCACCGAUGACGUUAUAGCGUAUUGCCUGCUGAGAAGAGGGGUUAGUGUGGACAGCAUGAAUUGGCUUUCAUUCAAAGUGAGGGUCCCGGCUAUCCUUCGAGAUGCGGCACUCACACCAUCCACCUGGCCCGUCGGUAUCGGUGUACGUGAGUUUUUUUCAAUCCCGUCAACACGACCACCAAACCUCAUCUCCUAUAGCCACCCGAAACCGCUUUACAACACGCACACCAGCUACUAGUACUGAACACCGCUACACCAC